AUGGCCGAUGAUGGCGCCAUGUACAUGGCUCUCGCGGAGUCCGCACUCUACACGGGGCAGAACACUCAGGACUCUCUCAUACAAGAAAACUCACACUCUUUGCAGCACUACACAGCCUCGCUUGGGCUAUUGAAUGGCCGCCUACGGAAUCGAACUAGCUCUAUUGUCGAAUCUCUCAUUGGAAUGAUGAUAUUCCUUUCUGCCUACGAUCUGCGAGUCCGCAAUUUUGUGCGGUGGUCUAUACAUAUGGACGGGCUGCAGAGGAUUAUUGAAUCAAGAGGCGGCUUAUAUACACUCAAGUCAUACCAUCUUCAGAGGUUCCUCAUCUGGUCAGAUAUGGUUGGCUCUAUGUCACUGGACACACCGCCCCGGUUUCCGCUCCAUGGCUGUAUCGUGAGCACCUUGCAUGAAUAUCCCGUUUCACCAGUCCUUUCUGGGACAUUGUAUACUCUGCAGGACCGAUGCCCAACUCUGUGGGAUAUCUGCCCACUGCUAGAGUCUCUUUCUGGUCUGGCAUAG